GAUUUCUGUUAAUUUUUAACUUAAAAUAAUAUAUGUCAUUUAUGAGCGCGAAAGCAGUGACGCUCAUAUCAAAUUUCAUAUCUUAACAUCCAAAGACCUUGCCACGAACUCAAGUUCUCUUGUCAUUUCUUUGCUGAUUUAACGGAGUUUGAUGUGCGUUUAAUCAUUAAUGGUCUAAUGGCGUCAUCACAACAAGCCCCCAACAAGGUUCUCUCAAGCAGUCGCCAAUCGCUAUUUUACCUUUUCUGCGCAUGCGUGGUGCUUAUCGUUAUCGGAACGAUUGCGAUGAUGAACUUCGGUUACGUGAAUCCGAUCAAGUUCCCAUCGGUCAGCGGUAUAUACGACAAGAUCCAGAGCUUGAACGUCAGUUACCUUACGGCAGCAGCCAAUCAAAUUCCUUGUCAGUGCCCACCUUGCGUGACGUAUGCUCCUUGCUUGUGCAAAGCACGUCGACAAGAAUGCCCUACCCCACCCUCCUGCCCACCAAGGAAAACAACCUUCCUCCCCUUCAAGAGAGACGUUGCGAGAAGACUAGGGGACAUCAACACGGCACUCCUGCGGAAUUUCAAGAAGAAACAACCUCCCGAAGAAUAUUUAUUAUUGAAAUUAGAAGCCCUUAUAGCGGAGCUAGAUAUGGGGUACAAACAUAGCAAAAUUGUCGAAGUAGUCAAGGAAAUGCCGAAGGAACUGAAAUCCGACGAGAAACUUGAUGUAUGCCCAGAAAAAUAUCUCGGCGAGAAAAAAGGUUAUCCUUUCUUUCAAACCGGGUGGGUUAAGACGAAUUGCACUAAUGUGAAGCCCCUUCCCGAGGUGAUAACAGUGCUAUUGAAUACAGUAGAGUACCCGAAGCCUUACGAAGGACACAUUGAAAUCGUCUUGAAUGGUAUUGCGUCUAACUACCCUGGGGUACAUGUCUACAUGGCUCCAAAAAAUGAAGAAAUCGCAAAGCUCGCGGAUAAAUUCCAAAAUGUGACCGCGAUAAAAAUAGGAAACAACACCAAAUAUGGUAAAAUCUGGAACCAGCUAGUUUCUAUGGUGAAGACUCCGUAUACACUAGUCGGACGGGACUUGGUGCAUUUUAAUUGGAUGGCGCGUCUUGAGCGACAGAUACGCAUGAUUUACGAACUAGAGCAUGUCGGGAUAGUAGGUGGCUCUUUCCGUAACUGGACAGGACACUGGCGGAUCGGUUGUCGACAGACGAAGAAAAGGAACUAUGUCUUGGAAUACGAAGAAGGUUAUUACUAUUCCGCCAGAUCUUGUAUGUUUUGUGACGACUUAGAGGGCCCUUUUGUAUCCAAAACUGAAAUUCUAAGAAAAGCAGAAUUCGGGGAAAAGCUACCAACAGAACUGGUAUUCGAAGAUUUUUUUCUGCGCGUUUUAGAGACAGGUUACUUUGUCAUGAAUUGCCCCGACGCUAUGUACUUCAACGUUGAUUACACAACCGAAAGGAAACGCAGUGAUCCAAAGAUAUGGCGGUUUUUUGCUUCCAAAUGGAUAUUUGUACGUAUAAUUCUCCCUGGUGAAGUCAAACACGUGUUGAGUUGUCAAGACAUUGGUUACAGAUGUAGGACGAGUGUUACUAAGUACGCCUUGAUGCCUGCGUGUUGUUUAGAGCAAUAUGGACGCGCGUUGAAGUUUUUCCACAACUUCUGCGAGCGCAACAACGUUUUGUAUGAGCUCGAUGCGGGCUCUGUGCUCGCUGCCGUGAAAUUCAGGGGGUUUAUUCCCUGGGAUCUAGACGGCGACAUGUCAAUGUCGUCAUAUAAUUUUUCUUUUGUACGCAAACACCAGGACUAUUUCCGCAAUCAUGGAUUCAACUUGAAUGGCUACUCACAGCCGAAGUGGGUGAACGGCACAAUAGUAAAAAGACGUAAGGGAUAUUUAGUGUACCAUAGCCCUGAUAUUUAUACAGAAAUCAACGGUUGGCCUUCGGUAUCAGGCUCUCACUUUGCACCACCUGAGCUUCAAGAUCCGCUGUUUUACACUAAGUGCCUUAUGAAUGGUUAUUGGGUGAACUGUAUGUAUAGUCCAGGGCUGUUUGCACGUAAUCGGUAUGGUCUAGACGUGCUGAAACAUUCGCAAAGCUGGCUUCAAGUCGGGAACAUGGGCUCGAGCUGGAGUCGGUAUAAACCAGGACGGUUUCUACCAUGUAAAUACCCGUACUUUCACGCGUGCCUGGAUAAAUUUCCCGCAGACGGUAAUCUACCAUUUAUGGUAACAUGACCUUUUAAGGCAGUAUGACCGUUUUAUGGUAACAUGGCCUUUUAUGGUAACAUGACCUAUUGUGGUAACAUGGCCUUAUAUGGUGAAUGGUAAAAAGACAAGAACUUGCAGUUGUACGUAUCCGAAUUACAUUCUUGUUUACUUGGACAAGUUCUCCGAAUAGAUUAUCUUACCAUUUAUGGUAAAAUUGAUACAGUAACCUACCAUUUAUGGUAGCAUUGUUUUUCAACGAACGUUUCCGUAAUGUCAUUUGUGUUUUCUUGAAAAGCUCUCCCAGACGCUAACCUUCCAUUUACGGUAAAAUGACCUUUUAUGGUAGCUAGAUAAAUGUUUCGGUACUUGGUUUUCUUGGACAAGUUUCUCGCAGACGGUAAUCUACCAUUUAUGGUAACAUGACCUUUGUCGUGUUCGGUGUGGCGUAUGACGGUCUGUGUUCAUAUUUGGUUUUAUUUGUUUCAUCUUCUGUUCUACGGAUUGUCUCCGGAUUGUCCUUUGAAAGUUUUGUGUGUGAUUGUGAGUGUGGUUCCUGAUGGCCUAACAGCAGCAUACCGCCUGCAGAUCAUCUUUGAAGGCUUUGUUGUAGAGCGAGUAGAGAAUCGGGUUUAUAACAGAAGCCAUGAAUUGAAGUGUAAUUGUGGCGAUAAAUACAAGAAGAGAGACACGCUUAUCAUAGCCAGACACGCCUAUUUUCACCAGUAAUGAAUGAAACAUCAAUGGACCCCAGCAAAUUAUCAUAUUACUUACCACUAAAACAAGCAUUCGUGCCGACCUGAUUUUCGCCUUUGUGGCAUUUGCCGCAAAUCCACUGCGACAUCUCCGACUCAGAGUGACAAAUAUUGACGUGUAUGCAAACGUCAUAGUUACUACGGGAACAAUAAAGGUCAAUGUGACGUAGACGAUAAUGGUGAUGCUGCCUAGCACGUCAUUUUCUAUGUCACAUGACGUUUCUCCCAUUCCAUCUACUUGAUUUUUUAAUAUUUUUAACGUAACAAUGUACAUCGCCGAAGCAAUGAGCGAGUACAUCCAAAGGAACAGAACGACAAGCCAUGGCUUUGGUUUUCUCUUCAGGGCUUUUAGAGGGUAGAUGAUGUGUAGGUAUCGGUCCAAGGCGAUGAUAGAAAGGCUAGCAAAUGUAGCGGUACAGCAAAUUUGAAAUACCAAAGAAGAAAGAACGCAGAUUACAUGGUCCCAUUUCGAGAUGGUAUCGAGUGGGCGGAUCAUGUUGUAAACCAGCCCUGGCGUGGACAGACGGAAAAUGAUAUCUGUUAUCGCUAAGUGAGUAAUGAAUAGAUUACUCAGGGUUUUCUUGUGUCGUUUGCUGCGAAUCAUGACGAAGCAGACCAGGACAUUCAAGACGAUUCCAGUUACAAAUAGGAUAGCAGACAGGACCAGCAUUACAAGGAUGUAUAUGGAAUCGUGUGUUGUGAACAAAGGCGAAUUUACAGACACUGCACUACUCGAAUUAUUCCACAUUUUCUCUGUGCUGUUAUGUUAGCCGGUGACGUGUGGUCAGUUCGCUUGUUGCUUACAGGCUCCAGUAACUUGUACCUGGGUCAGUCGUCCUUAGUACAUUGCAUGGAAAGCCUUGUCAAUCUGAGGAAGUUUAAAACAACCAUCGAUUAACUUCACCUGCCAAUAUAUUUGUGUUUCACACAAAUUAGGCAUAAAUGACGGUAACGUUGAACUUAUACGUUUAAAUUGCACAAGAGCAAACGGUUUUUUGCGUAUUUAAAAAAUUAACGUUUGUUUCUAGGUGAAUAAAAAGAAAGUCGUAGAUUACAAAAA